AUGAAGAACUUCCUCGGUAGAGCUCUGCUCUGCAGCAUCCUCCCAUCUGUUCUUGCCCAGUUCCCCAAAGAGCCCACUGGGGUGACGGUGCUCAACUCUAGGUUCGGAGAGGGAGUCAAAAUCAGCUACAAGGAGCCCGGUAUUUGCGAGACCACCCCAGGUGUCAAGUCUUAUGCUGGCUGGAUCCAUUUGCCGCCAGGAACGCUUGAUGAUUAUGGCACGCCGCAGAAUUACUCCGUCAACACUUUCUUCUGGUUCUUCGAGGCCAGGAAGGAUCCAGAAAAUGCGCCUACAACAUUCUGGAUGAACGGUGGCCCUGGAAGUUCUUCGAUGUUUGGACUACUCGACGAGCACGGUCCAUGCUUUGUGCACUCGGACUCUAAUUCGACCUACCUUAAUGAGUGGUCAUGGAACAAUGAAGUCAACAUGCUCUACAUCGACCAGCCAAAUCAAGUCGGCUUGUCAUACGACGAACUUUCCAAUAUCACCAAGAACGUCUUGACGGGUGAGAUCACCUAUCUCAACGACACAUCGGAAAUUCCCGAGCAGAAUGCCACCUUCCAGGUCGGUACUUACCCCAGUGGCGAAAUGAGUGCCACGGCCAGAGGUAGUCGCAAUGCCGCCUAUGCGUUAUGGCACUUUGCGCAGACCUUCUUCAGCGAGUUCCCUGGAUAUCAUCCGAACGAUGGGCGGAUCUCCAUGGGUACCCAAUCCUACGGUGGCCGCUACGGACCUGCUACCAUGGCCUUCUUUGAGGAGCAGAACCAGAGGAUUUCGAAUGGCGAGCUUGACGAGGCUGACGAUUGGAACGUGCUGCAUCUUGACACUUUGCUUAUUGUCAACGGCUGCAUCGAUCGCGCUACACAAUGGCCGUCCUACCCAGAAAUUGCAGUCAACAAUACGUACGGCGUAGUAGCUGUCAAUGAGAGCGUCUACGAAGGCAUGCGGGACUCUGUGCCUGAGUGCGUGCAGAAGAUUGAGGACUGUCAAGCCGUGGCCGAUGUCUACGAUCCAGAGCAUAUUGGCAUCAACGACACCGUCAACGCCAUCUGCGAAGAGGCUGAGAGCUGGUGUACGGAGUACGUGCGUGACCCGUAUCUGGAGCACAGUGGACGAGCCUACUACGAUUACACCAUCCUUGAGCCAAAUUUGUUCCCACCACCAUUCUACCAAGGCUUCAUGAACCAACCGUGGGUCCAGGAAGCCAUCGGUACUCCUUUGAACUGGACCGGAUCGUCUUCCGCGUCGUCUCGCGCGUUUCGGAGCAUGGGCGACUACCCUCGCUCUGGCUGGCUCGAUUAUCUGGCGUAUCUGCUCGAUAACGGCAUCAAGGUCAACUUGCUGUACGGAGACCGGGACUUUGCGUGCAAUUGGAUUGGCGGCGAAGCAGCAUCUCUUGGAAUUAGUUAUGAGGGAGCAGAAGGUUUCCGAUCUGCUGGGUACGAGGGAAUCCAAGCCAACGAGAGCUAUGUUGGAGGCCAGGUACGUCAGAAUGGCAACCUCAGUUUUGUGAGAUUGUACGAAGCCGGUCACGAAGCGCCAGGAUACCAAGGUGAGACUGCAUACAAGAUUUUCACACGAGUGCUGUUCAACAAGGACGUUGCGACGGGUGAGAUCGACACGCUGGCCAACCCGGACUACCACACCGUCGGUCCGGACAAUACCUGGGAAUUCCGCACGCCAGGUCCCGAGCAGCCAGCACAGUUUUGCUACGUCCUUGACCCGGGCACGUGUACGGAUGAACAGGUGCAGGCUCUUGAAAACGGAACUGCCGUCAUCAGGGACUAUAUCUUGGUCGAUGCCAAUUCUACGAAGAUUUGGCCUGACUUGGCAGAGAGAGGCGCGCCCGGCGCUGAUGACGAGAAGACAGAAGAGGUCAAGAGGCGAUCCGUGGCCUGGCAGGCGUGA